AUGAUCUGGAUUGUGCAAACAUCAGCCCAAAGAACUUUCGUCAAAUGGAGUGAAAAAAAAGAACAUUGGAAAUGCCCGAAAUGUCUAAGCAAACUACCAAAAAAAGGAAAUUCUAACACCCCUGUACGAGGCACCACGGCAACCAUAGAGGGAGGAACAACCCUACGUACGGAUUCAUCCACCGUGUCGCAUGUCUUCAAGAGUGGCAAUCCCAAUGUAACGGUCCGAUCCAAGGUGUUAAAUCCACCCCCACUCAGUGAGACGAGCAACCCAGUACAAGGCGUUGAGAACAUCACCAUCAACUCUUACGCGGAUAUUCUGAAUGACUUAAAAAUCUACAUGAAAAAUUUAUUGCACGAUGAAAUGGACAGAGUACAAAAAGCUAUCGGUAGUCUUACAAAUGCCAUCAAAGACCAAAACAGCCGGAUUGAGCAACUGGAGGCUAGAGUUUCGAUAUUGGAGAGUAAGUCGGAAACCAAGCCUGCCCAAAACCCAUCCAGUUGA